AAACUAGGAUAAACGACAACAAACUAUGAUAGACGACAACAAACUAUGAUAGACGACAAUUAACUAUACAACUUUACAAACUAUUUGAGAACAUUCCAUUUCUAAAAACUAUAAUCCUUAAUCUGCUUAAAAGAAAGGCGAUAUAACAUGUUGUGUUAUUACACUGCAUAUCUGGAACAAGAUAAUUGUGCAUAUCAAAAAAUAAUCAUUCUUUCGUAUUUUGAUCUUUGAAAAUCGUUAAAGUGUUGAAAUACUUUUCAGAAAGUUAUCAAUGAUAAAAUAUCAUAGCUGGCGUCAUGAACGUACACAUUCCAUAAAAAAUUCAGUCUUUAUUAUUCAAAAAAAAAAUUCAUUAUCUUUAUAUAAAAUGAUUGUAAUAAAUUUAUUUCACUUUCGCUAUGAUAUACACAAAAAUAUCAUAAGCUUUUUGACGAUUUUUUUUAUUGUACAUUCACUCUAGUAUAUGCCGUCAGUGGUAAUAUGCCACCAUCUAUCAUUAUUUGUUCUCAUCUAAGCUCUGAACUUCGCGGUUGUCCGCUGAAUAACCCUUUUUCGUAGUCUGGGGUAUUAUAUUACCCGUCGUUUCUCGUUGUUUGUUGUCGUCUGUAGUAGUUUGUUGUCGUUUGUCAUAGUUUCUUGUUGUCUCUCGUAGUUUGUUGUCGUCUGCCAUAGUUAAUUGUCGUCUAUCAUAGUUUGUUGUCGUCUAUCAUAGUUUGUUGUCGUUUAUCAUAGUUUAUUGUCGUUCGUCGUUUUUUGUUGUCGUAUUUUCCUUUUCCGUCGUUUGUUGUCGUUUAUCGUAGUUUAUUGUCGUUCGUCGUAUUUUGUUGUCGUAUUUUUUUUCUCCUCUUUUGUUGUCGUUUAUCAUAGUUUAUUGUCGUCUGUGGUAGUUUACUGUCGUAGUUUGUUGUCCUGUGAUGGCUCUCGUUGUAUAUAUAAAGGCUCGCUCUGCUGUGAUGAAUUCAUUCCGUCGAUUAACACUACAGCGGUAACAUCGAUUCUUCGAUUGUAAACUCCACGGACAAGAACAACUGCAUCUAUUCUCAACCAUCUUUAUCAGGUCUGUUGAUAUUUUAGUUAGUGUUUUCUCUCAGCCUUUUGUUCAUUCAAGUCAAAAUUUUGUUUUGAGUGAUCUAAACUAAAGAUAUGUUGUUUUAUUUUAUAGGUUACUACAUUCAAAAUUUGUACAGUGUAAAAUUUAUUGUUCGGUUCACAGUGGAGAAAAAAGAUAUAACUGCAAAUCAGAAAAUACAAACGAAAUUGACUCGACCGUCGACACUCAUUUCGGUAAUGGUCUUUUUUUUUUGAAAAUGAAAUCAUUGUGACUUAUUAUUGACAUUCUUUUUUUUUUGUAUAUAUAGGGACAAAAAAAAUGGAUAUUGAUGUCGUUAAGACAGUAGAAAUCAUUGAUUUAUGUACACCAGAUUUGGAUACCGAUCAUGUAGUAUUAUCUCCAAUAGUCUUAAGAGAUACAACAGAUUUAAAUAGAAUUGUUGAACGGUUUCCCGAUAUUCAUCGUCGAUUACCUAUAUUACCCUGGUUUCCAACAAAUAAUAAUCAAGAUCAAGGUUAUCCAUUGCUGGCGAAUAUACCACCCCAUCAAUUGAUUCAAAAAGAAUUAGUUCAUCGACGUUCUGGUGCUUCUACACCAGCAUGUACGAUUAUCAAUAAUGAUACUACCAUACCAUCAUUUUUACGUGAAAAAUAUCAUCUAUAUUUCGAUGAUUUACUUGAACGGUUAAAAGUUGAUAUAUCUAUUUUGGAUUAUAAUUAUACACGUUUAAAUCAAUAUAUGAGAAUGUUGGCUUAUGAACAGAUUCGUGUAUUUAACCUCCGACCCAAUGAAAUUCAACGAAUCGACGAAAAAGAAUAUCCAGUUGCAUUGGAAUUUUUUUUACAAUUUGAUGUAAAUAUGUUCUAUAUGAAAACAUGUUCAUUUCGUUAUGCUCGACCACGUACAUUGAAUGAAGGCCUUUUUUGUUUACAAGAACCAGAAGCUCGAUAUGAAUUAAGUGCAUGUGGUAAUUGUGGAUUAUGUUAUCCACAAUAUGAUAUGACAUAUCGAACGAAAAAAUCAAUUGUUGAAUUUAGUCAAGCUCAUAAACAUACAUUUGUUAAUGGUUAUCAAACGAUCUUAAAUUCUUCAGCGUCAUGUCAUACACGAAAUAUUAUCUAUGCAUUAACAUGUCCAUGUGGUAAAUUUGAAUAUAUUGGUACAACCGCCAAUACUUUACAUGAUCGUUUAAGAAAACAUCGUGAACAUGGAAAUAGAAUUAUGCACGAAUUUUUAAUUGGUCAAGCUAAUAUUCUUCGAGAAUUGACAAGAGGAAAACCAACAGAAAUUUUAGUCAAAGAUCGUAUGAAACUUUAUCAACAUUCAGCAAGAUGUCCAGUCGCCAUGCAAAUCUUUUUGGAUGCUAAUCACCAAUAUUGGCGAUUUGUUCCAAUGUCAUUAGAAGAGUCACAAAGACCUGAACAACAAAUGGUACAAAGUCUUGUGAUUUCUGAUGAACCGAGUCAUCAUGCACGAACAAGACAACAUCGCGAACACGGUAAUCGAAUUAUACAUGAAUUUUUGCUAAGACAAGAAAAUAUUCUUCGUGAUUUACCUCGAGGUAAAUCAAAAGAAAUCUUAGCGAAGGAUCGCAUGAAACUCUAUCAACAUUCGGCUCAAUGUUCUGUAGCAAUACAACUCUUUUUGGAUGCCAAUCCAGAAUACUGGCGAUUUGUACCGAUGCCAUUAGAAGAAUCAGAAAGACCUGAACAGAAAAUGAUUCAACCACUUAUUUUUUCUGAAGAACUUAGUUGGAAUAUACGAUGUAAAGAAGAUACAACAGUAUAUGUUGAAAGUGUUCCGAAACCACCAUCGGGAUAUACUUUUUCAAAUCGACCAAGUCUUUUACAAACACAAUAUUUUCAUAAGACACGCGAUAGAACAUUGCCAAAUCCUGAUAUUGAUUUAUAUAAUGCAAGAAUUGUAGCUGUUUCAUCAACAUCAGAUACGACGAAAGAACGAUUUCCAAAUCUUCAUCGUCGACUGUCAAUUUUACCAUGCUUUCCAACAAAUAAUAAUAAACAAAAUUAUGGUGAUCCAUUAUUACCAAAUAUACCACCUCGUCAGUUAACUAAAGAAGAACUCGCUCGUCGACAUUCUGGUGCUUUUAAACCAGCAUUCAAUAUUAUCAAUUAUGAUUCAACUAUACCAUCAUUUUUACGUGAAAAAUAUCAUAUGUACUUUACUGUUUUACUUGAACGUUUGAAAGUUGAUAUAUCUAUUUUGGACUAUAAUUAUACACGUUUAAAUAAAUAUAUGAGAAUGUUGGCUUAUGAACAGAUGCGUGUCUUCAAUCUUCGACCACAUGAAGUUCAACACAUUGAUGAAAAAGAAUAUCCUAUUGCAUUAGAAUUCUUUUUACAAUUUGAUGUCAAUAUGUUCUAUAUGAAAACAUGUUCAUUUCGUCAUGCUCGACCACGUACAUUGAAUGAAGGUCUCUUUUGUUUACAAGAACCAGAAGCUCGAUAUGAAUUAGUUGCCUGUGGUAAUUGUGGAUUAUGCUAUCCUCAAUAUGAUAUGACAUAUCGAUCGAAAAAAUCAAUUAUUGAAUUUAAUCAAGCUCAUCAACAUACAUUCAUUAGUGGAUAUCAAGCUAUUUUAAAUUGUUCAGCAUCAUGUCAUACACGAAAUAUUAUUUAUGCAUUGACAUGUCCAUGUGGUAAAUUUGAUUAUAUUGGUGUAACAAUAAAUAGUUUACAUGAUCGUUUGAGAAGUACAAAUAGUUGUUUUGUUUUGUUCUCGUCAAUAUUUCAUUUAUUUUAUAUAGAACAUCGUGAACAUGGUAAUAGAAUAAUGCAUGAAUUUUUAUUAGGACAAGAAAAUAUUACACGUGAUUUACCACGAGGAAAAUUAAAUGAAAUUUUAGUAAAAGAUCGCAUGAAACUCUAUCAGCAUUCCGCGCAAUGUCCAACAGCCAUGCAAAUCUUUCUCGAUGCUAAUCCACAAUAUUGGCGAUUUGUACCAAUGACAUUGGAAGAAUCAAGAAGACCUGAACAACAAAUAAUUCAGCCGAUUAUUUUUUCUGAAGAACUUAGUUGGACUAUAAGAUGUAAAGAAGAUACUAGAAUCUGUGUUGAAACUGUUCCAAAACCACCUGAAGGAUAUACCUUUUCCAAUCGACAAAUUAUAUUACAAACACAAUAUUUUCAUAAGACACGAGAUGGAACCUUGCCAAAUCAAAAUAUUGAUUUAUAUAAUGCUACAAUUGUCGCUGUAUUACCAGAAACUUGUACAGAUAUGUUUCGAUAUACUAUUGAAUCAUUAUUUAUUACUCAUGCUGAAUCAAAUCUUAAUACAAUUGGUAAUGUUUUGAAUGAGAAUCGAAAUAUUGGUUAUUAUCCUAUGAAUAAUCCAUGGUUGGUUCGAAGUGAUGAGUGGUGUCAAGGAUUAUUACGUCGGCCUCAACCAAAAAGUAUAAAAUCAACAGAAAUUGUAACAACUAAUUGA